AUGGUACAGGGCGCAGGAGCAGAGGGUUCCCAGCUAAGAGCUCCAGCAGAGAUUACUUAUGAUGAUACGUUUUCAGACAGUGACGAUUCUGAAAAUGAAUUAUCUUUGUCUGUGUUAGCAAAAAGAAUACGCAAUGCCAAUGAAUGCUUGCCAGAAGAUUUGGAUCAACAGAUAUCUUCUACUUCUUGCUUCACUCCAUUUAUAAGCUGUUCAUCGAGGAACGUCACUCUUAGUGUAAGCAAAACCCAACAGUAUACGUGGCGCAACAGGCACAAUCCAAGUGAAUUUACACACUGGCAGGAUCGUGAGGGCCCAAAAAAUCUGCAGUCACCUUUAUACUACUAUGAGUGGUGA